UUUUUUUUCCUCUGGCUUUCGACUCAACAUGAGUUGUUUUAGUAUGUUGUUUUAUUUAAUGUCUUUGUUAUUGAUUUACAGUAAGUUGUUAUCAUGCUAAUGUCUUUAUUCUAGCACACACAAAAUUCAUACCGGUUUUAUCUUACUUUUAUAUCCCCCCCUCUAAAAAAAAAAGAACAAUUUAUUAUCAAGUACUCAAUUAGAUUGAAAGUGUUUCAUUGAAAAACCAAACCACUUCAACUAAAAUAGUUGUUGUCAAUGGCGCAGUCAACAACUGGUUCCUGGUAGUUGCAAUACAUUUAAUCCCGAUGUGGAUGCAAACUUUGACUCGAUAGUUACUGUCGAUCUCCACUGACAUGUUUAGACGUGUCCUGCUCUUGCAUUGUCUCUUUAAAAGGCGCAGCCGUGCAGGAACAGGAUCCACCAGGGGGGCUGGACCUGGAUUGCCGAGCACGCUGGUGGCUGUCUGCGUAAUAUGCGCGUGUGCAUGUGUUGUAGAGAGCACAUCGAGAUACAGUAGUGUAGUAAACCGGAGUGAGGUGGCAGUCUUGGGAGGAAAGAGAAGGCGAUGGCGUGCGCGCGACUUUCUGAGAUGUUUUAAAGUCUUGCUUUCUCAAGACACUCGCGGUAAUUCAUUUCGUCUCGGGUUUGGGACUUGAGUGCUUUUGGUAGUCAGAGUGACGAUACGUCGUUCAUUCGUGUCCCUCCACGGGCAUUUUUUGGAUUUUUUUUUUUCCAAGACAGUUUGAAGCGCGCGCGAGCCUUCAGUGGAAUAGCAACAAAGAACGGGAGCGCGCAUUGAUGGGACGCGACUUUGACAGCUCUCCGUGUCGUCUCUCGUAAAGUCGAAAAGUAAAGGCGGACAUGAUGGCCGAGGCCGCGCUUUCCGACGCCGUGGCCAUCGACCCGGACUUCGAGCCCCAGCAGCGGCCGCGCUCCUGCACCUGGCCCCUGCCACGGCCGGACUCGAGCGCCGCCAAGCCGGACGCCCACGACAUCAUCCCGGAGGAGGAGGACGACGACGAGGAGGGCGCCCACCACCAGCAUGCGGCCAUCGUCGGCGGCGUCUCCGGCGCGGGGACUGACGACCAGAGCAGCGGCAGCCCGCUGGCCGACGGCGCGCUCUCCUCGCCCGGCCAGGAGAGCGGCGGCUCGCCGCUCUCGGCGCACUCUCCCCCCGCCGCCUCGGGAGCGCUGGCCGCGGGCGGCCUGACCGUGCAGCAAACCCCCAGGAAGGCUUCGUCUCGCCGCAACGCCUGGGGGAACCUGUCCUACGCCGACCUCAUCACCAAAGCCAUCGAGAGCGCACCGGACAAGAGGCUGACCCUGUCCCAGAUCUACGACUGGAUGGUCAGGUCCAUCCCCUACUUUAAGGACAAAGGAGACAGCAACAGCUCGGCUGGAUGGAAGAACUCCAUCCGGCACAACCUUUCACUGCACAGCCGCUUCAUCCGCGUCCAGAACGAAGGCACGGGCAAGAGUUCCUGGUGGAUGAUCAACCCAGAUGGAGGCAAGGGCGGCAAAGCCCCUCGCCGCCGCGCCGUCUCCAUGGACAACAGCAACAAGUACACCAAGUCGGCCCGCGGACGCGCCGCCAAGAAAAAGGCCGCUCUGCAAGCCGCGGCCGCGGCCGGCGCCGCUUAA